CGAGAUUACUACACCAUUCUAAAUGUGAAGCGGAACGCUGACACCAAUGAAAUAAAGCGACGGUUCCGACAGCAAGCAAAAGUUCUCCACCCAGACAGAAAUAAGGACGAUCCCGAAGCUGAACAGAAAUUUCAGGAAUUAGGAGAGGCUUAUGAGGUCUUGUCGGAUCCUGAGAAGCGGAAAAUCUAUGAUCAGUAUGGCAAAGAAGGUUUGAAACGCCAUGGAAGCGGUGCUCCGCACCAUGAUCCAUUCGCCAGCUUCUUUGGUUUUGGAUUUGACUUCGGAGGUGGUCGUGGAGGCUCUGAGGAGGUCGCACGGGGAGACGAUUUGGUUGUUGACCUUUGGGUCACUCUGGAGGAACUUUAUGUCGGUGACUUUGUCGAAAUCUCACGUGUCAAGUUGGACAAGAAAAAUACCAAGGGGACACGCAAAUGUCGUUGUCGUAGGGAAAUGCGCACCACCAUGCUCGGACCUGGCCAAUUCCAGAUGCAUCAGGUUGAAGUCUUGUCGGAUCCUGAGAAGCGGAAAAUCUAUGAUCAGUAUGGCAAAGAAGGUUUGAAACGCCAUGGAAGCGGUGCUCCGCACCAUGAUCCAUUCGCCAGCUUCUUUGGUUUUGGAUUUGACUUCGGAGGUGGUCGUGGAGGCUCUGAGGAGGUCGCACGGGGAGACGAUUUGGUUGUUGACCUUUGGGUCACUCUGGAGGAACUUUAUGUCGGUGACUUUGUCGAAAUCUCACGUGUCAAGUUGGACAAGAAAAAUACCAAGGGGACACGCAAAUGUCGUUGUCGUAGGGAAAUGCGCACCACCAUGCUCGGACCUGGCCAAUUCCAGAUGCAUCAGGUUGAAGUUUGUGACGACUGUCCAAAUGUUGAAUUUUAUCAAGAGGAACGUCACCUGGAGCUUGAAAUCGAAGCCGGAAUGCGAGACGGGCAGCUGUACCCCUUUGUAUCUGAAGGUGAACCACAUAUGGAUGGUGAACCGGGGGACUUAAAGUUCCGGGUUCGACAACAAAAGCAUCGAUACUUUCAGCGUCGAGGUGAUGAUCUAUACACCAACGUCACACUCAACUUGGUCCAGUCGUUGGUGGGCUAUCAUAUCAGUAUAACACAUCUGGAUGGACAUCAGGUGAUCCUGAAAAGCGACAAAGUGACGCCUCCUGGCACCAUCAUCCAUAAGCCCGGCGAAGGAAUGCCCAACUACGAGAAUCCGCGUGUUCGCGGAUCUUUGUACGUUACAUUUGACGUCGCAUAUCCUGAAAACCGUGAACUAAGCAAUCAGGAACGUGAAGAAAUCUCCCGAGUGUUUCCGGAAUUUGUCGGAUUUGUUUCGUCCGAUGGUGCAGCUUCUGGUCUACCAGUUAUGCCCGCCCAAAUCUACAACGGCCUGGAUGCGCUUCCACGUGCAGCCCACGCGUCUAAAGUAACGGCUUAGAAACUAAUUGUCUCUGUGAUGGAGGAUCUCACCAACACCUAUGUUUUUGACUUUUCUAACUUCUUUUUUGGCCAGUUCUUCUUGCUUGCACCAAGACGCAUCGAACCCUGUGCAUUCUCAUGUUUUGCGUUACACCCCUGCCACUAUUUUGCGCGUGUACAGUUGUACAGUUCGGAUUGUUUCGCAACUCCUUCCACCCUCCCCGUUGUUCUCUCCCGGGGCAGACAGACAAGAAUAACUAUACGUUUGCUGGUGAAAUUGAAUCGCUAUAUUUUCCUUCCUCUCUCUCUCUCAGGAAAAGGGUGUUUGCUAGAACAACGCCAGUAGGAGUUAUUAGCGGUAGCAAGAAGAUUAGGUAAAACAUUUGGUGUCGUUUCUACUUUGACAAGAAGUCGGAUAUGGUUGUUUUUCAGUGAUGACUUUGGGCGCGUUAAGUUGAGUGGAUCUGAUGACAUGUUACAAAAAAGAGUAGGCCAUUCAUCAGCGCCAAUCCGAUAAGAUGAAGAACCAUCACCUUUGUUUGUCGAAGAACGGCCUGUAAUAUGGUGCAUCUAAUCGUCCAGUUGGCACAGCAACGCGACGCCACGCAUAAUCCAGUGACUCUCCGGUUGAUCUGAGGUAAGUAGCAUUGGCAACACGAAGUUGGUCGAGUGGCCGGUUGUGGACAGCACACCACGCCGCUCGCUUGUCUUAUAUACCGGGGCUGUGUAACACGGUCGGGGCUGGAUAUCGCUCUUCUUCAUUGGGAUUAGCCAGAUCUGGA